CUUUUUUCCUAAACUUCACUCUUGCUUCGCGGUCUUCUGAAAACGCAAUCGCACAAUGUCUUCCGUCUCUGGGGACGACGCAGGUAGCUCCAAAGACCCCCAGACCGUGCUAAACGAGUUCUGGGAGAACCUCAUCACCAAGAAACCAGGCAAAGUCACCAACAUUUUCCCUUCGAGUCUCUACUCCAGCCUCCUGCCUCCCCAGACCAAACCUGGUCUUGCAAAAGGAAGAAACGCAGCCGAGUCGUACCAAGCUGCUGCCGACGAAUGCCGCGCCCGUGUCAAGCGAAUCGUUCGCGAAUGUCACCGCACUAAUGAGAAGUUCACCGAUCCUGAUUUUGACAUUGAGGGAGACAUGGGAAUGGACAAUUGUCUACGGGGAUUGAUGAGUAGCUACUAUGAGUCUCUCGGUGGUGGCAAUUCCGUAAGCCCAGAUCGACUUAGCAGUGCGCUGCAGACAUUAGCCGAGAGUAAUGUGUUGGGUACUACAAUGGUCAAUGUUGACAUCAACGCCGUCACGCAAGUUUUGAACAAUAGUGAUGGUAGUGACGGUAACGACGGGCCGCAGUCUGUGCAUCGCGUUGACUGGAUUUUCGAUAAACCUGCCUUCACCAUUGACGGCUUCUCGAGCUCUGAUGUCCAGCAGGGAGCAAAUGGGGACUGCUGGUUUAUUGCCGCAGUGGCCACCAUCUGCAGCAACCCGCAGCUUAUGGACAAGAUCUGUGUCGAGAAGGACGAGGAAUGUGGUGUUUACGGCUUCGUUUUCUACCGAGACGGGGAAUGGAUCUCCACCGUCAUCGACGACAAUCUCUAUCUCAGCUCCAAGGACUUUGACGCGUGGGGCGACUACUACGAUGCCACAGGCGAAAAGGAGCAGAAGUACAAGAAGAACCGCCAGACAGGCUCCGAUGCUCUGUAUUUUGCUUCGUGCGCCGACCAGAACGAGACCUGGUUGCCACUGCUUGAGAAGGCUUUUGCCAAGGUUCACGGAGACUACAACUCUAUCGCAGGUGGGAUUUCGGGUGAGGCAGUCGAGGAUCUAACCGGUGGUGUAACAUCAAAGGUCCUAACCAACCGGAUUCUGAGCAAGGAGCGCCUCUGGAAGGAGUUACUCGAGGUCAAUCAGCAAUUUCUCUUUUCUGCUUCAUCUCCUGGGUCAUACGGGGACGAUUCGGAUGCAAGAAGAGGUCUUGCACUCAACCACGCUUAUUCUGUAAUUAAAGCAGUUGAAGAAGUAGACGAGGAGGGUAAACCAAAACGCCUAGUUCUCAUCAGGAACCCAUGGGGUAGGAGGAGCUGGAACGGAGUUGGGGAAUGGAAUGGUGCGUGGUCCGACGGCUCCAAGGAAUGGACACCAUACUGGAUGGAGAAGUUGAAAUACCGCUUCGGGGACGAUGGACUGUUCUGGAUGUCUUACGACGAUCUCUGCAAAAGGUUUGAUCUCCUUGAUCGAACUCGUCUCUUCGACAAGGAUUGGACUGUUGUUCAGCACUGGACCAGCGUCAGUGUGUCGUGGGUGACCGGUUACUUGAACACUAAAUUCCUGGUUGAGAUCAAGAAAGGAGGUCCAACUGUGUUUGUGUUGUGCCAACUGGACGACCGCUACUUCCGUGGCCUGGAAGGCAAAUAUCGUUUCGACCUUCACUUCGUCCUCCAAGACGAGAAUGCCAAAGCCGGCGAGCAUAUUGUGCGGGCUCGUGGGGCUUGGUUUGGCAAUCGUUCCAUCUCAGCCGAAGUGGACCUCGAGCCCGGAAAGUACGAAGUCGUGCCCAAGAUUGUGGCCUCUAGAGAUGCGGAUACACCUGAGGUGCAGGAGGUGGUAUCUAAGGUGGCGGAUAGGAACCCGCAGAAGCUGAGGCAGAUUGGACUGAAUUACGACAUUGCGAAUGCGAAGGGCGUGAUUGAGAUGACAGAAGAGGAAAAGAAAAGGAAGGCACAGAAAGAAAAGGAAGCAAAAGAGAAGAAGAAGAAAGAGAAAGAAGACGCGGAGAAGGAGAAGGCCGAGUUUGAACUGUGGAAGAAGGAAAAGAGGGAGCGUGAGGCAAAGGAGAAUGCUGCGAAAGAGACUGCUGAGAAAACAACGGAGGAGAAGAAAGAAGAAACGAAGGAGGCAGAGGCUAAGACUGGAGAAUCUGCAACUGAACAAAAGGAGGAUGCCAAGACUGCAAAGAACGAAGAAGCAACUUCUGAUAAGGCUGGUGAGAAAAAGAAACUUGAAACGGAAACUGAAUCUGCUGAGAAAGCGAAAGUCGAACCUGAAGAAAAGAAAGAGUCAGAGGCCCUUGAGAACCAAGACCGAAAGACAGAGAAGAAUGAGGCGGAAGAAACAACCUACAGCGACGACGCGGGCGAAGCUACCCCUGACUCAGGCGACGAUGCAGGACCUAUAGGACUUGUAGGACCUGCAGGACACGCAGUCGGUGCAGGUCCUGAUGGCGUUGCGGGUGAUGCUGCCCCUCAGCCUGCAGCAAAUCCUCCUGCUGCAGCAGAUAACAAACAGAAUCCGUGGAAUGCGGUCUGUGUCUUGGGACUAAGGGUGUAUUCUCAGGAUCCCGAGGUCAGCAUUAAGUUAAUCAAGCCGAAGGACGCGGAGGAGGGUGCGGUAUUGGAUGCGGAUGGGAAUACACCUGCGGGAGCCACGAUGUAGUUGAUGCGAUCUAAUUAUUGCUUUUUGAGGAUUUCUUUGGGGUAUGGGAAAUUUGUAAAAUUUCAAUGUAGUCGGCAGAAGGACAUGGGUUUCAUGACACUCUUCUUAACCAAGUACGGUACCUCUCAAGUAAAUUUCUGGAGUUGUAUUGACGUCCUCUUCUCUC